CCCACAUAAGAACGAAGGGGGAGUUGUGGGGAUCUCUUUCCCCUACAACCUCACAUAACUUGCCUCUGAGGAUGGAUGUCCCCCGCGGGCUGCUGGCCAUCCUACUGGUCUUCCUAUGCUUCCUCACUGCCUGCGGUCACCUGGCACUUGAGGAAAAGCCUAGAGAUGACAGAAGCCUGAGGAGCAACUCCUCCAAGAACCUACUGGAUUUCCCCUCUGUCUCUAUUGUGGCACUGAACAAGAAAUCCAAAACAAUCGCAGAAAAGAAGCAGAAAAAAGGAAAAGAUCUGCCAAGGUGCAAAGAGAAAUUACUGGUGUUGUUUUAAGCAGGGAUGUGGUACGAUCAUAAGUCUUCCCUCUGGUCCUUCAGUACACUGGAGGAUAGACUGUAGGUGCCAGAGCGACAGAGGGUCUGGCCCAAGGUUGCAGCGUGGGAGAAAAAAUGGGGGUUGGGGGGCGCUGUGCCCUGAUGUAUUAAGAAGUCGGGGAUUGCGGACGGACUGGAAGCCAGAAGACUAAGUGCAUAGUUUAAAACCGGAGCUGAGUGGGAUCCUAUAGGAAAGAUAGGGCCAGCACUGGGCCAGGUGAGUGGAUGGGGAAGGAGGUAGAGGGCGGGGAGAUCAAUUUGGGGGAGCGGGAAACCCUCCGGGAUGCCCUGAGGCACGAGUCCAGCCGUCGGUGGGCAGCCGGGUAGGGGUGAGGGGGCCAGGACUUCCACAGCCCCAAGACUUUCCGGGCAGAGAUGAGGACUGACGGGGCGGGCAUG